UCCUGUAUCGCUCUGACAGCGACUAUGAGCUUUCUCCCAAGUCCAUGUCACGAAACUCCUCUAUCGCCUCUGAACUACAUGGCGAUGACCUGAUUGUAACUCCAUUUGCUCAGGUUUUGGCAAGCCUUCGAAGUGUGAGAAAUAACUUCACUGUUCUGACAAAUGUCCAAUGUGCCUCCAGCAAGAGGUCUCCAGCAGCAACAACUCAGCCUCCAAUCACCAGAGUUUGUCUGCCUGAUGAGGCGUACCAGAAGCUGGCUAUGGAGACAAUGGAGGAGUUGGACUGGUGUCUUGACCAGCUGGAGACCAUCCAGACAUACCGGUCUGUCAGCGACAUGGCCUCCAAUAAGUUUAAGAGAAUGUUGAAUCGGGAGCUGACGCACCUAUCCGAGAUGAGUCGGUCUGGGAAUCAGGUUUCCGAAUUCAUCUCCAACACCUUCCUAGGUAAAAAUAAAGUAAAAAUCACAAGAAUAAUCUGUAUCCAAACUACACUAAUAGUUUUUAUUAAAGACAUUUAUUGUGAGUUGUGUAAUUACAUUUAAAUGUGACAAAUCUGAAAGUAUUAAGUGGUUCAUUUUAGUACAUUUUCAUUUGAACAUUUAUGGAGGCUUCAUUUUGUUUCCCACAUGAUCAGCUGUGUAAGUGGUUCUGCCUGGCUUCACUGUGGGGGCGUACUAGUGAAAAAUACUGCGCCAUCAACCUUUCCUCCAAUAUUUAGAGAACUAGUUAAAAUGAAUGUGUAUAUUUUUUAAGGUAUUUGGGCAAAACAAAGCUAUAUACUGGUUUGUUAGUAUCUAAAAGAGGUAAACUGGGAGAAAAAUAAGAGUUUAUUGCUGCAUAAAUUGGAAAUGUUAUUGUUUUUGAGACUGCAGCAGAAUCAACCAAAUGCAAAUGAAAACAUUCCAUAAUAGUUUAUUCUGCAUAUAUUAAACUUCACAACAACUAGAGUAAGAUAUAAGAAAAUGAUUUAAAAGUGCUGUAAUAUGUGAGGAAAAUGGAGGAUUCCAGACAAACAAGUGAGGGAGGGAGCAGAGAGCAGACAGAAAAAGGAUCUACAGAGGAACCCCCUUCACUAGCAGUGAGAUAAGCUCAGCUGAUUGGGUGACUCAUUCAGAUCUUAUUGCUUCUCUGUCACUGGGAACACCUUGUUGUCCCUUUACCCACCUGCUGACCUGACAAGGGAGA